GUAAUAACACGGUUAAAGAUCAGUUGAUAUAUUUCAUUUUUUCUCUAUAUUGUUUUUUAUUUGACAAUUUGUCAAUAUAAACUUCUGAAGUACUUAUCUGGUGGUAUUCCUGAAAUUUCAUUAAAUUAAUAUAUUAAUUGUAUCUGUUGUUACACUAAAAACAAAAAUGAAAACCAAGAUUUCAAGUUUCUUGAAAAUGACAAGAAUUAUGCGACCAUAUUAUGUACGUACAGCCACCACAUCAUCUACUGGAGCAUUAUUGCCUGAACCACAAAAAAUUCCAUUUGGGCUAGUGGGUAUAAUUUUUACAGUUGUGCCAGGGUUACUAAUUGGAGCCACCAUAAGUAAAUACAUGGCUAAUUUUCUAGAGGAAAAUGAAUUGUUCGUUCCAUCAGAUGACGACGACGACGACGAUUAAAAAUAUAAGAUAUUAUUACACUUUGGAUUUUUUCUCCAGAUGAUUGUUACUCACAUUUUUACCUUGCUCUUAUGUUACUCUCCUGCCUUAAUGUUAUUAAACUAUUUGAUUGUGUUAACAACUACUCCCAAUAAAUUAUUUGUAGUUUUCAUUGAAGGUAUACAAUAUAAUAUAAUUAUAGUGAGGUAUAAGCUACAAAUGUUUUACUAUAAAUCUAGUCAUUUAAAUAUUUGUAUUAUUAAUUGUAUGUAAAAAAUGUUUGUGAUUUAUUAUUGUAGUGUGCCUAUGCGGCUAUGUCUAAGUAUACUAUCAUUACUUAAUAAAAUUUGAAGAAAGAAAAAAUAUAUUGAAGAUAAUUCUUAAUCAGUUUAUAUAGAUUAUAAUCUAUAUUCUAUCACAAAUCAGAAUUAGGUACUUUAAUAAUUUGUAUACAUUUUCUUAUUUUAAUAUCUUUAGAGUUUAGAUUUUUAGUUAUAUGGUUAUAUAAAUCUUUUGUAAUACAUUACUCCAAUAAGUUCUCAAUUUUAUUGUGUGAUAACAAUAUAAAAUACAUGCUUCUACUAAUAUACAGUUGCAUUUGAUUAUUCAAACACCAAUGAACAUUGAAUGGUGUAAUUACAUUUUAAUAUCCUUGAACAUAGUUUAUAUUAUAUUCUUAUUCCAAAUACUAUGUUGGAUAAGUUGUACUGAAGUGAUGAAUGAAUAGAUUUAACUAUAUAGCAUAUAGAUAUAAUACAUAUGUGUUGUAAGCAUUAUUAUAUUUUUCUGAUUAAACGAAGACUUGUAACAGUCUAUUAGUAACAAA